CGUGUGAGCCGGCUGCAGAAUGACGUCCAUGUUUUGCUCCAGCUCAUCCCAACCUCCCAUGACAGAGGGAAGAGAAAUGGCUGCAGUGGAGCCAGCUCAGGGUUUCCAGUUUCCAGACCUCCUAUAAUUUCCCAUCUGGAACAAGGGGAAGAGCCAUGGGUCCCAGACCUCCAGGGUUCAGAGGAAAGAGAGAUCCAGAGAGUUGCCUGCACAGCAGGUGACGCAGUGAUAUGUGAGAAAGAGGAGCAGAAUUGUCAGCAGGAACAUGUUGAGCAAGUGGCUGAACACAGAGAAUUAUCGCAAAGAUCAAAAAGGAAUGUGUCCAGAAGUCAUGAGCAGGAAAACUCCUGUGAGAUUCAGCGCAGACCAGAAAGAGAGCAAGGAAAGCAGGCAGGGGAGAAAAUGGGUAAAUUUAUUUCCUGUCGGGGAACUCAGAGCGUCAAGGAAACCACAACACAGCAGGAAAUCCUCAUGGGAAAGAGGAAAAAUACAUGCAGUGAGUGUGGAAAAACCUUCACUUACAGCUCAGCCCUUUCUGAACAUCAGAGAAUCCACACAGGAGAGAGGCCCUAUGAAUGCAGUGAGUGUGGGAAAAGCUUCACUUACAGCUUUCACCUUACUAGGCAUCAGAGAAUCCACACAGGGGAGAAGCCCUAUGAAUGCAGUGAGUGUUGGAAAAGCUUCACUGACAGCUAUAACCUCACUGCGCAUCAGAGAAUCCACACAGGGGAGAAGCCCUAUGAAUGCAGUGAGUGUGGGAAAAGCUUCACUGACAGCUAUCACCUCACUGCGCAUCAGAGAAUCCACACAGGGGAGAAGCCCUAUGAAUGCAGUGAGUGUGGGAAAAGCUUCACUCAUAGCUAUCACCUUACUAGGCAUCAGAGAAUCCACACAGGGGAGAAGCCCUAUGAAUGCAGUGAGUGUGGGAAAAGCUUCACUAGCAGCUCAGGCCUUUGCAAACAUCGGAGAAUCCACACAGAGGAGAUGCCCUAUGAAUGCAGUGAGUGUGGGAAAAGCUUCACUGGCAGCUUUCAGCUUACUAGGCAUCGGCGAAUCCAUACAGGGGAGAGGCCCUAUGAAUGCAGUGAGUGUGGGAAAAGUUUCACUCACAGCUUUUGCCUUUCUCAACAUAAGAGAAUCCACACAGGGGAGAGGCCUUUUGAAUGCAGUGAGUGUGGGAAAAGCUUCACUUCCAAGUCAAGCCUUAUUACCCAUCUCAGAAUCCACACAGGGGAGAGGCCCUAUAAAUGCAGUGAGUGUGGGAAAAGCUUCAGUUCCAAUUCAAACCUUAUUUUGCAUCUCGGAAGACACACAGGGGAGAGGCCCUACAAAUGCAGUGAGUGUGGGAAAAGAUUCCCUAGCAGCUCAGGCCUUUGCAGACAUCAGAGAAUCCACACAGGUAUGCGACCCAGUGGAAGCGGUGAGAGUGGGAAAACCUUGUCUUGCCACUGAGCCCAUGUGAGCCAUCAGAGAAUCUGCAAGGGGGAUUAACACAAUAAAACUCUCUAGGGCUAUCAAUACUUGAAUACUUUCCUGAUUCCCACAGAUUAACUUUUAAAAGCUGUUUGAAGCACCGAUAACCCUCACUUUGCCCAGAUGAGUGAGUGACCUGUUUUUGCAUUUUCCAGUUUGACCUCUUUGAGGUGGACUCAUUUGUCCUUUCUAUCAACUCCAUUCUCCCAUGAGUAAUUCUAGUGUACCCUUCCUAUCAGGAACCAGGGAGCAUCACAUUUAUACCAGUCUUCCUAUUGCCAAGUUAUUGUUAGAGUCACCAGUGAUACAGAUUGUAUCAUUGCCAGUUGUUCUCAUGCUCUGCUGAAGAGCAGUUAUAAUGGGAACUUUUUCAUAUUAAAUUUAAAUGAAGAGGAGCAGGGGCAGGAAAAAGUGUCAUUUCAGCCUCUGUGGUACUGGAAGGAGAUGUAAAAAGCAACAGAGUCCUGUGGCACCUUAUAAACU